AUGACCCCGUGAGAGCUGAAGUUGAAUGGAACCCUAAAUGAACCAAAUCAAAUUUUCAGCUAUGACAUUACGUUCGCCAUCAUACCUUUCAAUUUCGCCCAAAUAGAACUCAGAUAUUGGCUCAAGGUUCAGGCAAUGGAUCAAGAAAUGAACGAGUCCCAAAUGAUUCUCUGGCCGAAAAAAACCGAGAUGGUGAUUUGAAAAAACAGGGAUUGAAUCAAACUUUUUGAAAUUUCAAGGUGUCCAACAUUUUGGAGCUGGCGAGUCAGGACUUCAAGUUUGCUGCAAAUGGAACGGGAAAGCUGCGACUUCUUCACGUGGGUAUAAGUCGUUCGAACCGCCGCGUGUUCGGCUGCUUCAACGACGAUACUUACGCGACUGAAAUUCAGCAAAAGCUUUGGAAUUUUUCGCACACGGUUAGUUCUGAACGUUCAGAAAAAAUCUAAAAACCUCUUUGUGUGACGAAGCAAGUAGUCUGAGAUCCAUUCUCAGACUAUUUCCCCAAUUGAGCUUUAAAAAGUUAUUUAGUACUAUCGCGAAAGUUUCCUUCAAUAGUUAUUUUAGAAACAAGUUUUAUGAAAACUUCUCAAACCUCUCGUGCAAGUAAUCCGCAGACUUGCGACGGCUUUCAAAUUCGUCGUGAUCACUAAUUUUUCAAUUUCAUUUUGCUUAGAGACAGUAACUGAGCACUCAUGAAUAAUAAGAUUUCUUUCAAGGCUAUUUGGACUUCUUUUCAAUUUCCUUGAAAUGGCUAGUUGAGCACUAGCUUUCAUUUUAUUCGAGAAAAGUCUUUUGGUAUUUCAAAAUUUUUCAGGUCCGUAUUGAAGAGAUUCCUCACGACCAAGUCUACGUUGGGCCCAGCGAGGUGUCUGGUUUCAGUGUCUCAUUUUUGAGAGAGAGCCGCACAACAUGUUCGGCGUGCCUUUCUUGUUGAGGUUUAUCAAUAAAAGAGUUUUUCGUGAUUAAGUGGUAUUAAGUUUCAACUUUUUGAGCGGUUAAAAAGUAGCUUUUUCACAUUGUAGGAGAGGUUUCUUUUGCAAUUUGUUUUUAACUACGUGAAGUAAAUCAAACUUUUUAAGCUGUUUAAACUUUUCAACGAUUAUUGAUAGCCUAUCAACAUAUUCGGAAAAACCGAAAUUAGAUCAGAAAGUUUGGCAAUUUAUCAGAAGUUAAGACUUUUUCAUCUUGGGACUCUCUCAAAGUCGGAAAAGUGGAAAAACAUGCCAUGUUAUAGUCGGAAUUGAUUCAAAUUUGUCAAAUUCAUGAUCGUUCUGACAGGAGAUCAACCGGAAGUUUUAAGAUAUCUGAUCAAAAGAGACUCGGACCUCGAUCCGAGACAGGCUACGGACAGUGUUGGGUGUGCCUAUGACCCGAAUUCCGGAGGCUACAGGGUUGUUGCUCUCUCGAGACCGCUCGAUCCGCUACCAUGACCUCGACGCGCGCGGUGCGCUCAACUUUGGCAGAACUCGGUUUCCAGCUCGGACAGUCCAGGUCACCUUUUCCCCAUUCCCCCUACCUUUGCCUCGAUCAUCCCAAGAAGCAAUAUCAGAAAAGCUUUGAAAUGUCCGUCGAGAUCCGUCAUUGA